UGUUCUUUCUUUCUCGCAAUUCAUUUAUCUAGUGAAGUACCAUCUUGGCUAGUUCGGGGCUCAUUUUCCGUAGAAAGAAAGUACUUCCUUGGAAAUUGCUUAAACACAUUUGGGGCAAAACAAUCCUCCAAGAAAAUCGAGAAUACCUUUGCAUUUGUUGUCGGCCAAGAAGUUAUUUUCCAUGAAAGCACAUUUGUUGUCAACCUCAGACAAGAAACUUGACACCCUCCAAUGCUCAGACUCUGUAAAUCUUCGAGAUUGUCGCACAAUUCCUCCCCAGUAACCCAACAAAUCUCCCUUCUCCUCUUCCUCUCAAAACCCAUCUCAUCCUCAGCCCUGCCGCGGUCGCCGUCGUCGAGUUCGUCGACUCUUGUUCCUUCUCACGACCACAUUGCCCGCCUGAUCCUCGACCAGAAGACUGCCUCCUCAGCCCUCCACGCCUUCCAAUGGGCCGCGAGCCUCCCCGGCUUCACCCACUCCCAGUCCACCUACCGCGCUCUAGUCCACAAGCUCUGUUCCUUCCGCCGCUUUGAUGCCGUCCACCACCUGCUCGACGAAAUGUCCGGCUCAAUUGGGUCGCCCCCAGACGAGGACAUCUUCCUCACUAUUGUCCGCGGCCUUGGCCGGGCCCGGAUGAUCAAAGAUUCUAUCAAAGUCCUUGACUUGGUGCGCAAGUUCGACCGGGAACCUUCCCUGAAGGUCUACAACUCGGUCCUCGACGUGCUGGUGAAGGAAGACAUUGAUGUGGCUCGGGAGUUCUAUAGGAAGAAGAUGAUGGGGCAUGGAGUCGAGGGCGAUGAGUACACCUUCGGGAUACUGAUGAAGGGCCUAUGCUUAACGAAUAGGAUCGGGGACGGGUUUAAGCUGUUGCAGGUCAUGAAAUUGAGCUCAGUGAAGCCGAACACCGUCAUAUACAACACGUUGCUUCAUGCCCUCUGCAAGAAUGGAAAGGUGGGUCGGGCGAGGAGCUUGAUGAGCGAGAUGGAUGAACCCAAUGAUGUGACCUUCAAUAUCUUGAUAUCGGGUUACUGCAAGGAAGAGAAUCUGGUCCAGGCUCUGGUUCUGUUAGAGAAGAGCUUUAGUUUGGGUUUUGUUCCGGAUCUUGUGACUGUAACCAAGGUGCUUGAGCUCCUCUGCAAUUCGGGACGAGUUAUGGAAGCGGUCGAGGUGUUAGAGAGAGUAGAGAGCAAAGGAGGGGCAGUAGAUGUCGUGGCUUAUAACGCGUUGAUAAAGGGGUUCUGUAAUUCGGAGAAGGUGAAAUUGGGGCGCAGGCUUAUGAAGGAUAUGGAAUCUAAGGGAUGCCUUCCGAAUUUAGACACCUAUAACGUAUUGAUUACGGGUUUUUGUGAUUCUAAUAUGUUAGAUGCGGCAAUGGAAUUGUUUGAUGAGAUGAAAACGGAUGGUGUGAGGUGGAACUUUGACACUUUCGAUGGAUUGAUUCACGGACUCUGUUCGGGAGGAAGGGUGCAAGACGGGUUCAAGAUUUUGGAGCUCAUGGAGGAGAACAAAGGCGGCUCUUCUGGUCGCAUUAGUCCUUAUAACAGCAUACUAUAUGGUCUAUAUCGAGAAGGUCAGAUGCAUGAGGCUCUCGAUUUCAUGAUCAGGAUGGAGAGACUGUUUCCCAGGCAAGUCGAGCGGAGCUCGAGGAUACUCAGGUCCUGUAGAGAGGCCAGCAUGGACGAUGCAAUGAGGGUUUACGAGCAAAUGAAUGAUGAGGGGGGCUCUACAAGCGUAAUAGUCUAUGAUGCCCUGAUUCGAGGGUUCUGUGAAGAAGACCGUGUGAGGGAAUCGUUUGAGAUUAUGAAUGAGAUGAUAUCUAGUAGAUACUUCCCAACUGCUUCGACCUUCAAUUGCCUGAUUAACACGUUCUGCCAGCAGGGGAAGGUUCCGAGCGGUUUGAAGCUAUUGGAGGAUUUGGUAGGGAGAGGAUGCAUGCCCGAUGGAGAAAGUUAUGCUCCAUUGAUCGAUGGGUUCUGCAGGACCAGGGACUUGCCGAGAGCUUGGAAGGUUCUCGUGCAGAUGGUCGAAAAGGGCGUCUGUCCUAAUUAUCUGGUAUGGGAAUGUCUGCUUCGGUGUCUAACUCAAGAUACAGCGUGGUCGGAGAGCGAUCACAUAUCUCGUAUUUGUAACUUAUCACAGCAAGAUACCGAGACUUAAUUCUUUUGGCUAACUAUUUGUAGCUAGCUUGGAAUCUGCUUUCUUCUUCUUCAAUACUGGAAUUGAACCGACAGCUCAACCGUAUUUAAACA